AUGGGACUCCGGCCACGCCAACUUCAAGGCAUAGGCGAGUUCGGCGUCCUCAACUUUAACAAACCUGAUACACAAUCCCCAGGAGGUGCCAGCCAAACGCGCAGUGCUUGGGCAGCUGAAAGUGAGCAAAAGUACCUCGGCGAUCGAGGAAGCUACACAACUGGACUAAAUGGGCAGACGCCAACCUCGACUCGCAAGAAGCCUUCCACUAUUCCGCAGAAACUACUUAGAGUUUUGAACUGCAUCACGGAUGAAAAUAUGACUCUUCCCACCUUUUUGGAAGAGUUGUUCAAGUCCAAAGAUGAAGUUGUCAAACAGUGGACUGGGGUAUUCCACGAAAGCAAGGGUGCCGAGCGAGUUCUCAAGAUCUGGGACAGCACGCUGCAAGGCACCAAAUGGGAAGAGGAUUUUGUCAAUAGUGCCGUCGAUGUCGUCGUCAACCGAACUUUAAAGCAUCUUAGAAACGACGAGAUCAGAAAAGACUGGCGGCUACCACACACGAAGGUGACUGGGCAGAAGGUCGCAGGUUUUUUAGUCGACGAUUUUCGCUUUCUUCAUCGGUACGCCGAAGGCGCCAAGUAUUUGACACGGUUCUUGAAAGGUCUCCUCGAGGAAGAUAUUUCUGAUCAGAAGCUCUCGCGCAAGUCACGCAAGCGUCGCAGGGCUCAAAAGCCUACGUCUGUUCGGGGAUGCAUCGCGGCGAUGCUGAUAUUCAUGUCGUCGCAAAAGGUCAACGCCUUCCAGACCAUCAUGGGGCUCUUUCUUCAUUGCACAGGAUGUCCAAAGAGAGUACUCGAGGUCCUCUCUGGGCUCGGGCUUUCGAUCUCCUACAGCCAAGUCCAGAAUGGGCUGCGAUCGUUGACCAAGGACGCUCGGGAGCAAGUCAAGGAAGCGGUGGAGAAGUUUGAUUGGUACAUCGUGUACGACAACCUCAACAUCGCUAACAAGCACCACAACCAAAGGUCCGACAAACGCGAUAUUUUCGACAAUGGUACCGCUGCCACCGUCAUUCUCUUCCCCCCCGACAAGGACCAGCCUCCCACUGCACCACCUGCUCUCUUUCGCCCGGAGGAUGAGAGGCCGAACCCCGUUGCUGCCUUGUUCCUUCCCAAUAAAUUCGACUGGGAGGUGUUUCGACAGGUCAGCCGAUCGCACGUCUCCAAUGCCAUUGUGCGAUCAUCGCCGGAGGGAUCCACUGCCGCUGCUAUUCCAGCUAUGCCUAUCAAAAAGCUCAAUGUCAACAAGACUGCUCUGUUCCCGCUGCAGACCAUGAGGCUCGACGAAUCGACCAUUGCUGGCAAUUUGGCGGUGUUGGAAAGAAUCACGCAGGUCGGCCUUCAAUUGCCGGAAAGCUGGUUUGCACAUCCCAAAAACACCAUCGUUGCCGGCGACCAUAUGACUGUGUCCAGGUUGCUAACUCUCAAGAUUCACCGCAUUGUCGAUACUGAUCCAUACCACAGCCUUGCAUGGGUACACCCGACCCUCCAACUCUUCCACCUUGGUAUGAACCUGUGCGGCACCAUCUUCAGGACACAUUUUGGCUCCCCACUACUCCCAGGUUCUCUUGCCUCAAUUAUUAUUUUGCUGGGCCGCAAGCGCUUGACCAAGGAGAAGCAGGAGUUUAAAGCCGCGGACGAGUUGCUGAGAAUUGUCUUCGAUGCGAUGGUGCAGUCACUCUGCGAGUCCCUGCGGGAAGUUGGUGCAUCAGACGAGCUUGAUCUUCCGAGAUUCACAGAAACCAUCACCAACUCCUUCUGUGGUUUGCCUUCGCCGUCGCUCUUUGGUCUGCCCUGUACUACCGUCAACAUCAACGCCCUUCUUUUCUUGCGCGAUGUAGCGGUGCACAUCGAGUUAACCGAGGCCGUCAAAGCCGGCGACAUUGGUCGCAUCAGUCACCUGCUGCCGAUCAUUACGUUGAUGAUGCAUGGAGGAGGCAACACAAACUAUGCGCUUGAACUGCUGCGUCUCCUCUAUGGUAUUCGCCAUCUGUGGACGGAUGAGUGGACGACAAGGGUCCUCUCUAGCAUGCUUGUCAACCCCAAAGGCCUCGAAGGCGGAUGGAUGGCGACCGACAUGCUUCAAGAGAAUCAUAACUAUCUCAUCAAGUCCAUCUUUUCAUCGAAAGGAUCCAACAUGACCUGGGAAUAUCUGAGGGAUGCAAUAUCCACCAACAUCAGAACUUUUCAGGACAUUUCGUGGAUGUUCGAGCGAGAGGUCGGAGUUGGCUCCAACAGCACCAAACACCAGAAACCAUCCACUGCAUCGGACAUCUCCAAGAUUCAGAGGUACUUCCGACACAGUGGCAUUUUAUGCAAGUCCGGCCAAUGCGAUCAAGGGGACCUGGUGGUCGAUCUUCAGGGUCAUGGUGGAGACAAGAUGGCCUGGGGAUCUAUUGUACGAUUUUUGGAUAGGCACAGGCAGGAGGAUGCGGUGGAUUUAGAAGAGACGGAGGCACUCGAAAACGUUAUUAAUUAA